CGAACGCAUAAACGUCAAGAAAACAGCUUCCAAUAGUCGGUGCUCUGUGCUGUCAGUGAAGACCAUUUCUCACCGAAGCUCAGCUUCUAUCAAGAGCCAAUACCAACGACAGAAGAGUAUCUCUUACACGCAUUGUCCUAUAACCUUUCAAAAAAGUACUUAAUUGUUUGUAUAGAAACCCUAAGAUUUUACCUCAAAGCAGAACUACAGAUUCUGCUUCUUUAUCAACACUGCUUAAUUGAAUGUUUUGGUUGAUUAACUGUUCUAUUGAGUUGGAUCUGAGCUUUUACUGAGAAGUUGUUUUGCCUAGCUUCUGAAAUGGAGGAGCGUAAGAGGUCGAAGGGGUGGUGUGGAUGGUUACUUGUGGCGAUAGUUGCUGCGACUGUCGCAGUUUCGAUUUUCAUACUUGUUAAGAAGAAAGGUCACCAUUCCGACUCCGGAGCCGCCCCUGUUCCGGGUCCUCCCGGUGCCAUCACCCAGAAAUACGCCAAUGCUCUCAAACUCGCAAUGCAGUUCUUCGACGUUCAGAAAUCUGGUAAGUUGGUAAAUAAUGAGAUACCUUGGAGAGGGGAUUCAGCUCUUAAGGAUGGAAGCGAAGCAAACCUGGAUCUCUCAAAAGGAAUGUAUGAUGCUGGGGACCAUAUGAAGUUUGGGUUUCCAAUGGCUUUUACUGCCACAGUGCUGUCAUGGGCUAUUCUUGAAUAUGGGGAUCAAAUGAAGGUGGUGAAUCAGUUGGAACCUGCUCAAGACUCACUCAAGUGGAUCACUGACUACCUUAUCAAUGCUCAUCCUUCGGACAAUGUGCUCUAUAUUCAGGUAGGUGACCCUGAAAUAGACCAUAAGUGUUGGGAGAGGCCCGAAGAUAUGACUGAGGAAAGGCCUCUCACACAGGUGAACACUUCUACCCCAGGAACUGAGGUUGCAGCAGAAACUGCUGCAGCUAUGGCAUCAGCAUCCCUGGUGUUUAAAUCUACUGACCCUGCAUAUUCAAGCUUGCUUCUUAAGCAUGCUAAACAAUUGUUUACUUUUGCUGACAAAUAUCGAGAAUCAUACAGUAUCAGCAUUCCCGAGGUCCAGAAUUAUUACAAUUCAACAGGUUACGGAGAUGAGCUCUUGUGGGCAGCUAGUUGGCUCUAUUAUGCAUCAGGGGAUCAAUCAUAUCUUGAUUAUGUGACUGGGCAAAAUGGAAAAGCCUUUGCUAACUGGGGAAGUCCAACUUGGUUCAGUUGGGAUAACAAGCUAGCCGGAACUCAGGUUUUGUUGUCCAGAGUAACUUUUUUCGGUUCAAAAGACACCUCAAACUCAGAUAGCCUCCAGAAUUACAGGAAAACAGCUGUGGCUGUUAUGUGUGGCCUCCUACCAAAAUCCCCAACAACCACAUCCAGCAGAACUGCUAGUGAUCUGAUAUGGGUCAGUGAGUGGAAUACUUUGCAGCAUCCUGUGGCUUCCGCAUUUUUAGCUGUUCUUUACAGUGAUUACAUGCUUACAUCACAGACUGCCAAACUAUCAUGCAAUGGACAUUCAUAUAGACCAUCAGAUCUCCGGAAUUUUGCCAUGUCACAGGCUGAUUAUGUUUUGGGUAACAAUCCUAUGAAGAUGAGUUAUCUUGUGGGUUAUAGUAAUAACUACCCAAAAUACGUGCACCAUAGAGGAGCCUCAAUUCCAGCUGAUGCAACGACAGGCUGCAGUGAUGGUUUUAUGUGGCUUAACUCAACUAAACCUAAUCCCAAUGUCGCGGUUGGAGCACUAGUUGGCGGACCAUUUCUAAAUGAAACGUAUAUUGAUUCGCGGAACAAUACAAUGCAAGUGGAACCAACCACAUACAACAGUGCUCUCAUUGUUGGACUUCUUUCAGGUUUGGUUACCACCUCAUCAGUGGUUCAAUCUUUCACCUAAGCAGUCUCGGUUUGUAAUUGAUUGCAUAUUUUUCUUUUUUUUCGGUACAUGAUUGCAUAUUUUUUUUGUAACAUAUGAGUUGGAUGUGGAAUUUAUAUCAGAGUUCAAAGUUUCUUGUCUAAAUAGUUUGCUUUACAAGAAUGAAUCAC